ACAAAACACGUUCGAAAGUCACUGAGACAAGCGGGAUAUCGAUUGCAGAUAUCGCACGCUUUUUACAGCAAGAAUACCGACAUGAAGCACCAACAAAUUGCAUGUCAACAUGAAGCUUUUCCAUCUAAGCUUUCAUGGGUCGACAUAGUGGACCUCAACGUCCAGGUCGACUACAAAGCCGUCGUUUUUCCUUUUGAGGACGACAGCGACAGCCCCUUUGAGCCGGAAGGUGUACCAUCAGAGAACCAGGGGGAAUCAAGUCCUUCCGGCGACUUUGAGAAUACAACAUCUUCAGAAGUCGAGCAGAAAACAACUCAGUCUGCUGGCUUCCAGAUCACCCCCUCAGUGGAAGUCGAGGACGAGACAAACCAACACGUCUUCGAUCUCUCAAAGCAGGUGGAUGAUCUUAAAAAAGAGUUACAGAGCAAGAUCUUUGAUCUCCAUGAGGAACGAGAACAAAGGAUUGCCUAUCAGGCUCAAGUCCAAUCCCAGCAGGACGAAAUUCAAAGACUGCAAAACCUGUUACAGAAAGAACGUCACCAGCAAGUCAAACAAGAUCGUGACAGAAAGGUGCCGGAGACGACAGGUAGCUCAAGGGCUUCUUGCUCGACCAAAGUGACAGCUGACAAGGACCUUCUUCGACAGCUCGAUUACUUCAAGUGGGAGGCUGUAAAACAUGCCUCCCACAAUAAAGGCCUCAUUGAAGUAAUGGUCGAAGAGUACAGAGUGAGGCUGAAAUAUGAGGAACAGCUCAAACAUCACGCAGAGCAAGCUUCUAAAUUUGUAGAACAAGAGGCAACAGUGAAGUCUUUGCAAGAUCAGGUUGCAGACCUGAAGCUCAAGUUAAAACUUGCUAUGGAAACUAACCAUCCUGAAGUCUCCACCCGACCAGAGACCCCCCUGCAAACAGAGGAGUCCAGGGACAGGCAGACCUUGAACCAACCGGAGGUCUCCAUCCAUAGCCGGCUCAGCCUUUGCACCGACCCACAUCCAGGUUGCAAAGAGAGGAGACCACGCAAACCCAGACCUCCACACAAACCUGGAGGUCCGAGGACAGACAGACGACCAUGCAACCAACCUCCACCUCCACCGGUUGCAUGGAGGGCCUUCGAGUUGGCAUUGGCAGGAAGGGCAAGCUAAUCCCGGCUCGGCCUUUGCGGCGACCCACACUAGGGUACUAACCUCGGUCACAAUACAAACCCAGGUCAGCUGAUGGGAAUGAAUGAGAUCACAGAGAAGCUAACUCUAGACGCCAAGUGUCGGAACGAGCACGCCAUCGUCCAGAGAGUGACCACGGCCGCCAACCUCAGCCGCGUUCCCUGCGGCUCAGACAAAGAGUGCAGUCCUCCUGUUCCUCCUCCUGAACAUCCUGCCCACAGGUUUGCGGGCAGAACGGUGACCAGCGGCAGCCUGGUGCUGGUCACUGUGACGACCAGAGAGGAGGGCGCCGCCCAGCUGACGAUCAACUGUGAGAAAAUGGUGAUCGGCACCAUGCUGGUUAAGGACAUCCUGCUGGCCCUGACGCAGUGACGACAAGCGGACGCCCGGCUCCACUUGUGCCCCCCUCACUCCAGCCACCCCGCGGAUUUUGUUUAGGACUGCGUUCUCCAACAAGCCACGUUGGACAGGAAGCUUCCAGAGUGUGAAAAGAUAAUGAGCCAUGCAUCUGAAGAGUGACAGAGAAGACAUCGAAUUGUAGCAUAAUCAUCUUUUAGCUGCUCACUAAACCACUUACUGGUUUCCAGUUUAAGUAUGGAAGCAAAAUGGACGUAAAUGUUUGGAGGUUCUCUGCUCAUUGUCCACAUUAAAAGUUUUGUUUCAGGUGAAAUUAAAAAACACAAAAUGCUACCAAAACCGAAGAUUUUUGUGGUGUGACCAGAUAAACCGGGCAUCCAGAGACAAGUAGAAACUGAAUUUAGAGGCCCAGCUCGCAUGGGUCCGGUUCUGAUUUCUGUUCUACAACAGUGAAGCAGUUUUCAUGUUGCUUUUUCAUCCAUUCACUCUUCAGUCCUGACUUUGUUUCCGUUAAUCCUCGGUUUUAAGCUGGUGAAGUUAGUGACCGAGAGGAAAAGCUAAAGCUGUUCGAUCUUUAACAUGGGACCGCUUUAGCCGUGCUCUGGAAAUUGAUUUGAAUUUCUUCCACAUUAAUAUCUACUGUGGCUACGCAGCUGUCACAGUUUAGCUAGAUCCAAAAACGCACUAGAACUAAAUUACUUUUAUCUGUUUGAAGAAAAAAAACAAACCCUGUCAUGCCAGUAUGAAAUCAGAACACUGGUCAAUUAUAACUAGAUAGACAUACAAGCAUUGUCGUGGUGUCAAAGUGGAUUUGUAAAACUCAUUAAUCGACUUAACCGCUAAGUCGGGAUAUUUAAAGGAAAUCUCAAAUUUGUUGCUUACCUAAAAAUACUGCAAUCAAUUCAUGUCAAGGUAGCAUUUUGUUCAAAACUGUUUGGGUUUAAGGAAAACAUUUUGAAAUUUGCAUUUAAAAGUCAUUUGCAAGGACCUUUUUUUUGUUUGUUUGUCUAAAUCACAUUCAAGUCAGAGGCUCAUGCGGCUUAUUUUUGUGAAACUUGAGAGGUCCAUGAAAAAUAUUCAUUUGUCUUUUUUGCCCUCGGAGACAAAGUCAGGAGCAGAGGCAGCACAUCAUGUCAGAUGCAGCCAGUCGUGGAGAGAGUACAUGUUCGCAAACCUUUUGUUUCGGUUGCCAUUAAUCCUAAAACCAUCCGAUGAUCGCGUCAGAGUCACAACGAGGAAUGUAGAGGUAAUGAAAUAUCCCCCAACCAAAAGGAGGCGGUUUUCGCAGAAAACAGCAAAUUCACACCUGGUCGUUCCUUUCAUCUCCAAUGGCUUUCACAUAGACAAAGUAUGGUUUAUCAUGCCCUGUGUGUGGUUGUGAAUUGUAAUCUUGAGGUAUUGCAAGUUUAUUUAUUGUACAAAUAAAAAGAUUAAAGCUUA